CCCCUUGCUCUUUCCAUCCAAAACAAACAAACAAAUUCUGUCUGCUCGCUCCCCCCAAAUCCCCAGCCCGCCGCUGUCCUGUCAACCUCGCCGGCACCGUGGUCGAUCGAUGGGCACCUCCGUCGACGUCGUCCCCGAUUGGGUGGGCGACUUGGGCAAGUCCGUCGGCCCCGUCGACUACGGCUGCGUGCGCCGGUGCCGUCACCGCCGCCUCGCCACCUACCUCUGGCUCCACGGCUUCCGCGACGCCCUGCGAGGGCUGCUCAACGAGACGGACGCGUACAUGAGCGUCAUCCACCUGUCGCGGCUGGUGCAGCAGGGCCUCUGGGACGACGCCAUCGCCUACGUCUCCCGCUUCCUGCGCCCGGUCACGCAUCCGCAGAGCGACGAGGCCCAGGUGCUCCUCCACUUCCUCAUGCACCACGCCGCCUUCGCCAGCAUGGUCGCCGGCGUGCCCGACCGCAACCUCAAGUAUUUCAACCACAAGUACAACACACGGUACCUCAAGCACGAUGACUCCGUCUCCUUCGACUGCCUCAGGAUCCGCUCCAUCGUCCUCUCCAUUCUCCAUUCGGAGCAAGUCAGAUCCUCGCUGGACUGGGAGCGCGUUCGUUGCAAGGCGUCUCAAAUAGUCCAACACUUGGCUUAUAAGGCUCCAGAGUUGAGAAACGUGGCCCUAUUGCCGGCCGGCCCGAUGAUGCCGCACGAUGUGCUUCCCAUCGGAUUCAGGUCCCGUCAGAGGCGUCACGUCAAGGAACAAGACCUGCCAGCACCUAAAACUCUGGCCAAGAUCUAUCUUAGGACCAAAAAGGGGCUGCGUUCGUUGACUCGCAGUCGCAAGUUAAAUAGUGGAUUGACAGACAAGACAAGGAAGUGGUUUGUAGAUCUUAUUGAUGAAAGUUUGCAAGCUGGUCUGGAAGUUCAAUCAAGUGGGAAGGAAGGUGUUCCUGGUCUUACAACCUCGUACACCAUGCCGAAUACCUCGACAGAUCUUACUAAAAACUCUGGGUCUGGGACCUCUUCAUUGACAAAUUCAGGUAUGUUGGUUUAUCACCCUUGUUCAUUCCCCAACCAGGACGAACUUCCAUCAUCUCGGGUGCAGACCUUACACUAUAGCAGCAAGGUAUGUUUGCUGUUAGAAAUCACCAAAUGUAUGCAUCAAGGGGUUAUAUUCAUUAUUGAUGAUAAUACCCCCUCCAUUCACUAUUAGAAUACGUUUUUAACUUUUUUCUUACUGGGAUGUAUGUAGACAUGUUAUAGUGGGUUUGUUCACUCAUUUCAAUCCAUAUGUAGUCCAUAUUGAAAUAUCUAUAACAUCUUAUAAUAGUGAGCGAAGGGAGUAUUUAAUUUAGUGAUGAUAUGCAGUGGUUGAGAUGUCUCAACAAUUAUCCAUCGAUAUAUAUAUUGCUGAGGUAAUAAUGGCCAUCACUAAAUUAAAUACCCCCUUCGCUCACUUACCUAUAAUUCUUAAUAAUGGCCAUCUUAUAACAGAUCCAACUAUAAUUCUUAAUAACACUUACCAUAAGGCUCGUGUAAUUUUUUUGCCCUUUAUGAAUGCAUGUUUACCUGCUGCCUUUACUACUGCUGGAUCUGUUGCAGGUGCUCCAGGUUUGCAGACUAUGUCCACAUUGACAGUUCCUGCUAAAAUAUCCGGUAUCUCAACUGUGCUCCUGUUGCUGCAGUCUCACAGACUGUUAAUUUGACAAGCCAUGCUGAAAACUCUGGAUCUCGGCAGUGAAAAAUGCAGGCACAAGUAAGGUUGUGAGUUCGAAAAUCUCCAACCUCAGAAAGCAUCAAAGGACAGAAGAAGCAACUUUCGAGCAAGGUCCUCAUCCAAAAAUGCAACGGACACGUGGGGGGACUUUUGGUGAAGCAUGUCUGGCGUCAGUGACUAAGGCUGGAGCUGGCUCGCGCGCUGGUACUGUCCUGGAACUGGAAGGUCCCAAGCAAGAAGUUGAGCACGCCUAGCUUCUGGACUUGUGAUUCAAGAGACGGUUUUCUGAUGAAACAAGAUGCUGUUGGAACAAAAGGAAAAAUAAAUAAAGCUGGUGCUGCUUGUACUGCACUCUGUUUCUGUGACCUGGAGUCUAUGCUACGUUAUGAUGGUGCACCUGUUUUUAUGAGUUUCUAAUAUCAGCUUGUGUAUGAGCUGCUUGGCUUUGGCA